AUGAAAAUAAAUUUUUUUAGUAUUUUUAUUUUAAUAUUGCAAAGUUUUCUUGUGUGCUUGACAAGGUGUUAUGUACAUAGUGAUGUUUUAAAGUUUGGGGAGGAAAACUCGUUGAAGUGCACACAAGGAAGCCUGUACAUACUACACUGUGAAGUGCAGUGCAUAAACAAGAAUAACGAAAUAAUCCAUAAAAGGUGCAUUGACGAGAUAGAAAAGAAGUGCACGAAUAAUAAGAAGUGCUUGUACAUGUUUGAUUAUGUGCUUAAGAGUAAAACGCAGUCUUUUAGAAACAAAAACAGUAUAGAAAUAGAUGAGUGUGUGCAAUCUGAUCAAAAUGAAGUGAAAACGUCUACAACAUGUUUAUUAAGUAAUUCCUUUUUAUUGGAGGAUACGUUCAUACAAUAUUUCUUUUUUAUAAAGAAUAAGAAUGAAGAGCCAAUAAUAUGUAAGAAUGGGAAAUUAAGUAUAAAAAGUGCUUUAUUGCAUUCCCCUUUCUGUCCAACAAAGAUGAAAGAUGUAACAGAACAUAUAAAAAAAUCUUGUGAUAAUAACAAAGAGUGUCUAAUAGAUCCAUACGAGUUACAGGUAUUUAAGUUGAACGAAAAAGAUAAUUGCUAUAUUAACAAUUCAUAUAUUUCUUUAAAUGUUAUUUGUACCAGUGAUGAAGGGGUAGAGGUAGAGAAUAACCCUAAUGGUGGAAAACAAGUGCCUGAUAAAGAACAAGGAUUGGAAAGUAACGAUGUAAAUAGUGAAAAGGAUGAAGUGGAUGAAAUAAUGAAUGGUAGUGAAAACUUAGCAGAUCGAAUAAAAAAAGCAAAAGCAUUGUUAUUAGAAAAAAUGAAUGGUGAGUUAACAAAAAAAUCGAGUAUAUUUAACGAGUUAGGAGAAAAGAUAUCACUUAUAUUAAAUAAAAAGUAUGAAGCAGCAGAUAUAAAGGAUUUAUUAGAAGACAGAUAUAACGAAAUGAAAAGGAAUGCGGAUCAUGAUUUGUAUUAUAUAUAUCUUACAGAAACGUUAGAGGCAGAGAAAAUUGAAAAUAUUAAUGUAACAGCUUUUCAAGAACAGCUCCUAAACAUUUUAAAAGAAGAAAUGAAUAAACUGGAUGUAGUAGAAAAGUCUAUAGAUAAAAUAAGAAAGAAAUAUACAAAUUUAUAUACAAAGGCAAAAAGUAAUAAUGUAGUAGAUCUCUUUGAUGAAAAUGAAGAUCCUGUGUUAACCUAUGAUGAUUUCCCUCUAGGAAAUGAAAUGAUUUCAGCUGAUAUAUUUUUUAAAUAUCAUCCAGAAGUAAAAGCUAUAGAUUUUAAGGAUAAGAAAUAUGAUAAUAAGAUAGAAGAGAAUAAUAUAUAUAAUGAAUACAAGGAUAUAGAGGAAUUAGAGAAGUUAGAUGAAUCAAAUCGAAAGCAAAGAAUUAUCAGUAUGAGAAACAGUUUAGUUGAUAGUCUAAAAGUUAUGUAUAUGGAAAAAAAUAAUAUAUUUAAUAUGCAAGCAAGUUGUAUUAAAUCUUAUUGUUUUAAAAAACCUUUAAACAUAAAAAAUUUGAGCAUUUUAUUAAAACAUAAUUAUCAUAAAAUGAAAGAUAGUAAAGAGAAUGAACAAAAUCAAGAUGCCCUAACGACCUUGGUGGAUUACCUCGACAAAAUAGCACAGUUAAAUAAUGAACCAUGGACCAACAACAAAAGAAUAACUCAGAAACUUCAGGUUAUUAUGAAUUCAGGAUAUGAACAGGUAUUCGAAAAGGAAAAAUAUAUCCAAGAAAAAACUUCAAAAUAUAAUGCUUUGUAUGAAAAGGCAAAGAGCUUUAACCUAGAUAGAUUGUUCAGUGAAAGUGAUAACGCUUUGAAGAGGGCAUCCAUGAUUUCAAGCCCGAAUGAAAACGAAGAUGAGGUGUUCGGUAACCAGGCCUCUUCCUUCUUCAGUAUUUUUAAGGGAAGGGGGGGCAAUGAGACCAGUGGUAGUGGAGCUAGCAGUGCUGAUACAGGCGCUGGUGAAGGUAUGGGUGAUGAUGGAGCUGUCAAUGAUAAUGACGGGAAAAAGAGCGAAGAAGUAAAUGAGGGAAGCCCUAUAUAUACAGAUGAUCAGCAAGCAAAAGACUCUGAUAUAGAGGGUGUAGUUCCAAAGGUUGAUGAAGAAGAGGAAGAGGAGCAUAUUACCGAUAUUAUACCAGAAAACAAAGGAGUUGGUGAAAACAAAAGCAAUAUUACGGAUAAACUGGACGAGGAAAAUAUUCAAAUAAAUGAACAGGGACUAAAUGAUGCGGGUGAAGUGGAAGGAGAGGUGCAAGCAGGUGUGUCAGCAGAGAUACCAGAAAACAUACCAGCAGAGAUACCAGCAGAGAUACCAGAAAACAUACCAGCAGAGAUACCAGCAGAGAUACCAGCAGAGAUACCAGCAGAGAUACCAGCAGAGAUACCAGCAGAGAUACCAGCAGAGAUACCAACAGAGAUACCAGCAGAGAUACCAGCAGAGAUACCAGCAGAGAUACCAGCAGAGAUACCAGCAGACGCUGCGGAAGGAGGGGUAACGGAGGAACAGUCUAAUGAAGGGGAUGAAUCUGUAAAGGAGAAAAAAACUGAAGAACAAGGCAACGUUGAAUGGGAAGAAGAUGAGGAAGAAUUAUACCUAGGUGACGUAUUACCCGAAACGGAUGUACCAAGCACAGAUGAAAAUAAAGAAGAAGAAGAAGAAGAAAGUAAAGAAAUGACAAAAAGCAAUAAAGAUGAAAGUUCAACUGACGAAGUAGUAGUUAUCAAUGACCAAGGAACAACUACUGGUGAAUUAAAGGAACAAAAAGAAAAUAAAAAAGAAGGAGAAGGUGGUAGUGCAGUCGAAGGAGCGGACACUGAAAACAUGGAAGGUACAGUUUCAGGUGAUGAUAACUCUGAUGAAGAUGAUGAUGAUGAAUCACCUGAAGGUACUACGGAGAAUGGAGGUUCUGAAGAAAAAAUAGCGAAACAGGAUAUGGGUGGAAAAGAUAACGGAAGUUCAUUUUUUAUAUAUCUAAGUAAUGGUUUCUUAAUUAUUGUAGCUGCCUUAUUUUUAGAAUUAUUAUUUUAA